AGAAAGGACAGAGGGGCAGGUUCUAUCUUGUCGAGUGCGAUAUAAAAGCGCGUCCUUGGGAAUUUUCACCAUCACGGAAGGAACCUUCAGUCUGACGAUAUGGAAGUGAAGUACACCGUCUGCUUAAUCAUCUUAGCGAUUGCCAGUCGCUAUGUCACCUCAACAACGACCACAAAAGACGUACGUACAGGUGUUCUUCUGCCAGAAAAGUUCAUUAAUGGUGUAAUAGACAUUGUACAAAGUCAUAAAAACAAACCAACACAGCAAUCUCAACCAAACCCACCAUAUCAGCAGUACCCUCAACAAUGGAACUCCCAAAACAACUACCAAAACGCAAAUUUUCAAAACGGCUUCAACGCACAAUCCCAAUAUCAAGGACAGUUCAACGCCCAGAACCAAUUGUACUAUCAAAACGGAUACAAUCAACAGAAUUAUCCCCAAAAUGGCAAUUUCCAAGGCUUCGCUGGCAAUCAAGGUUUCACCACACAAGGCCAAAAUCAACAAUACCAAGUUGUCUACCAAAAUGUACCAAAUCAAUUGAACCACGGUAGUCAAUAUGCCAGCGGAAGUGGACAAUACAUUGGAACAAGUCAGGCACCGAGCCAACCAAGCGGUGGCCAAUAUCAAGGUGGUACAGGUCAAUAUCACGGAACAACCGGUACUUAUCAAGGUACUUCGGGACAGCACUAUCAAGGCACUUCUGGGACAGGUCAGUACCAAACCACAAAUGGCCAGUUUCAAGGAAGUGGCAUCGAUGGUUCUGGACAAAUGAACGGACAGGGCUUCAUGGUGUCCAAUGGGCAAUCAGGACAGGGACCCACGUGUGUCUGCCAAGCGUGGACGAAACCUCAUGCUGAUGUGAUGAAUGAUCCGAUUCCAGAAAAGGUUGAAAAAGAUGUGAUGCAAAGUAGAAUGCUCUAAAUAUAAUUUAAAGAUAGGACUGAUAUUAUGUGACAUUGUAAGCAAUGAGCUAAACUCCAUGUAAGUUGACAAAAUUAAGCUUAGAUUCUUAACUUUUAUGGAGUUCAUACCAGUAUAACUUUUUAUCCUACAAAAUUGAACAGUUCAAUGCACUGUGUUAACUUUUGCUGCGAGAAAUAUGUCAGGCGUAUAUUUUUAAGCUAUUGUGUUUGUGAACGCAUUUUAUAUUUGAAUAAAUACAUGGUUCAAA